AUGCCUGUACUCGCUACGUGCCGCUCCAAGUUCCGUUGGAGAUUCGUGCUCCCGGUGCAUGCGGAGAGCCGGCCGGAUUUGGAUGAACGUCAAAAUCCGGUGGCCGGUCUCGACUACUGUCCAAUCCCAAAGAAUGGCUCUUCAAAUAUGAAGCGAACGAUGUGCCGCCUGUAUUACGCGUAUCACGGAACGAAGCCACCGAGAGGCUUCAAGGAUUUGAACCGCUGCGACAUCACUGAAAACUGGUUGACCCUGGUUGGAAAGCGGCCGACGUGGAAGGCGAAUACUGUGAAAAUUGUUGUGCUGAGGGAUCCGUUGCGGCGGUUCGCUUCCGCUUACGAGUACCUGUGCAAGGAACGAAAGCGCUGCGGGAGAUCCGGGAAGACGAUCCACACCUUUGCACGCAUGGCUUAUAAGUUGUUGGCCAAGGGAUACGAUGCAUCUGAGACGCCACGUCGCGCCCCAGUCAUGCUCCUCGCCAACCUUCGACGCGGCAAGCGCCAAGGCAAACUGAGCAGCAACGACGACCUGACUCAAGAAGUUCUGAGCAACACCAAGACGCUCUCCUUAUUCCUCUACAUGUACUACAACGACUACAAGACGUUUCAAUUAACGCCCAGCACCCAGUUGCAGAAGGCCGUGGAGAAUCGGCUGGGGAAGAAGAUGUCGCCCCCAGUGCCGAAAUGCCUUCUCGAGCCGAUGGACAUCCCGAAACGCGAGCUUUUCGGCCCCGGCCCCUCCAAUAUGGGCUCGAACAUCCAGGAGUCGGCCUCACGCUCCCUCCUCGGUCAUCUGCAUCCCGAAUUUGUUAAGAUCAUGGCCGACGCACGCGAGGGCCUGAAAUACAUCUUCAAAACGGAAAACGCCUACACGUUCGCGAUUUCUGGGACAGGUCAUUCCGGCAUGGAGGCGGCGAUGCUAAAUCUGCUGGAGCGCGGCGAGAAGAUUCUAGCCGUCAAAACGGGCCUCUGGGGGCAGAGAUGCGCCAAUCUGGCUAAACGGCUGGAACUCGAGGUGGAAACGGUCGAGGCGCCUGACGGGAAUGCGGUUGAAUUGUCGGCGAUUAAGGAGGCCAUCGAAAAAUUCAAGCCACAAGUGCUGUUCGUAUGCCAGGGCGAGAGCUCGACUGGAGUUUGCCAGCCGAUUGAGGGUCUCGGCGAGAUUUGCCAUAAAAAUGAUUGCCUCCUCCUCGUCGAUACCGUAGCUUCCUUGGGCGGUACGGAAUUCGAUAUGGAUGGUUGGGGAGUAGAUUGUGUUUAUACGGCCACCCAAAAGGUAUUGAACGCUCCUCCGGGUUUGGCACCGAUAUCAUUCUCGGAUCGGGCAAUGCAAAAAAUCAAAUCCCGAAAGCGCCCGGUCGCCUCAUGGUAUUUUGAUGCGCUCGAGUUGGGCAACUACUGGGGUGCUGACGCGGGCCCGAAACGCUACCAUCACACUGCCCCGAUCUCAACGGUCUACACGUUGCGCACAGCGCUAGCCGAAGUAGUAAAAGAAGGAAUUGACGCCGAGAUCGCGCGACACCGCAAGAAUGCCGAAUUUUUGUACUCGGAGCUCGCCGCCGUCGGGUUGGAGCCGUUCGUCGAGAAGAAGGAAUGGCGUCUCCCCUGUCUAACCACGGUUCGUGUACCCGCCGGCGUCAGCGGAGAUGAGGUGAAGAAGGAGAUGAUGGCCCACGGCAUCGAGAUUGCCGACGGUCUCGGGUCUACGGUAGGAAAAAUCUGGCGCAUCGGCACGUUCGGGAUCAAUUCUGAUGAGCAGAAAAUCCGGCACGUCGUCCAAAAACUGGCCGAGACGAUCAAGGCCAAGAAGGCGCAUCUU